GGUCUACGGGACUUAUCACUAGAGUGAAGUCUAACCCCAGUGCAGACUGACCAGUUGACCUCAUUAGAGAAGGGAAAACUGAUACAAUUCAAAUGCCGAAUGGCUGUGGCUUUCUCCCAUGUGGUGGAGAACACAGCCUUCUUUGGUGAUGUGGUGCUGCGCUUCCCGAAGAUUGUACACCACUACUUUGACCAUAAUUCCAACUGGAACCUGCUUAUUCGCUGGGGCAUCAGCUUCUGCAAUCAGACAGGUGUCUUUGACCAGGGGCCCCACUCACCCGUCCUCAGCCUGAUGGCCCAGGAGCUGGGGAUCACUGAGAAGGAUUCUGACUUCCAGAACCCAUUUACAAUAGACCGGACCGAGUUUAUUCCUAGCACUGACCCUUUCCAGAAGGCUUUGAGGGAAGAAGAAAAACGCCGGAAGAAGGAGGAGAAGCGGAAAGAGAUCCGGAAAGGCCCAAGAAUUUCAAGAUCCCAGUCUGAGUUGUAGCCCUGGACCAGCCUGGGGCCUGAAGGAUCAGCAAGUGACCAGUGAAAAAAGGCUGUGAUGUGGCCGUGGUGUGGCACCGUCAGGCACCUCGAUGAGCACCAGCAACUUCCAGAUGGGAGGGAGGCCUACAUUUGCUGCAUCCUCAGAAGCCAGGUUUGAGCCCUGGUCAAAAAGACAGAGCUUCCAGGAUCUUACAGCACACUAGGGAUGCCUUGAGAGGACACUGUUCCACAGACAGGAUCAUGCAGGGAAGCUGCUGGAGGAGGCUGGCUGAAGAAACUCCUGGCUUGGAUCCCAUUGGUGAGGGCAGGCUGCAGGCCAGAUGCUGCUCUUCGUAAGGAAGCAGCAGAACCAGGCUCUGAGUUAUAAGUGAAGGCGCUGUGCUUGCAGCCAGCCUAUGUCACUGGGCUGCCUGCCUGUCAGGGGUCCAGCUCUUUGCAGAGCAAUACUAAAAGCUAGCAAAUCCACUGGCCUCCCCAAGGCUGGUGAGAGAACUAUUAGGGCAGCAGACACUUCUGGAGAUGUUGGGACCAGCAUGGAGUACAUUUCUACCUCAUCAAGAGGGGAAGUCCUUGGGUUGGGGAUUUAGCUCAGUGGUAGAGCGCUUGCCUAGGAAGCGCAAGGCCCUGGGUUUGGUCCCCAGCUCCAAAAAAAAGAACCAAAAAAAAAAAAAAAAAAAAAAGAGGGGAAGUCCCUGGCCUCUGCAGUGCAGAGAAGCAAGAGCUAGGUUUGGUCUCACUCACUCACUGCUGCCCUUCCUGACGGGACAGUUUGGAGAGGGGACUCAGGCGUACCCUGGGAGAGUGUUUAUUUCAAGGAGACCUUAAAAGAACAUGAUCUCCAUUCUCAGAUAACUGGAGACAGUCACUGAGCUGGUUCAGGGACAAUCCACUUGUUCUCUCUGCUGCUAAAGAUACUGCGGCGAGAGGCUGUAGGGGACAGGUUGCAGGGGAAGGCUGUGCUUUGUGAUGGGUCUACUGUAGCUGAGUUGAUCAGACAGUGGACUUCCUAGCUCAGGGUCAAGCAGAGCCCUAUGGCCACAGAGCAGGACGCUGUGGAAGGAGUUAGACCCUCAGAAGGCAGCCUGGUGUCUCUAAGUUUCAAAGCAGGUGGCUGUCUUGGCUCUAUUGAAAUUACAGCUCCACCUCUUUGAUGUUGCCAAGCCAAAGUGUAUGGCUUAAAGGAGCGGAGACACCCCAGCCCUACCUCCACCUCAAGUGCAGGUGUUGCUAACAGUGCUCAGUCAAGACCUGAGUCUUGGCCUGAUUGGCCUGGCCUGCUAUUUCUCUUCCCUGUGCUGUGCCUUCAUUGGUAAAAUAAAUCUGAUGGUGUCUGAAUUCUCUGACAAGCUCUAAA